AUGAGACUAAAUGAUUUGUUGUUGGCCAUUGUCUUCCUUGCCCAGAUUGUAAUUGGCCUUCUAGGGAAUCUCUUCCUAUUGGGUCUUUAUAUCUUGACUUUCUUCACUGGUCACAAACUACGACCUAUAUAUUCCAUUUCUGUCAACUUGGCCUUGGCCAACUUCAAAGUGCUUCUAUACAAGGGUCUCCCUCAGACAAUGUUCUAUUUAGGCUUGAAAAAUUUCCUGGAUCCUGUUGGGUGUAAACUGAUCCUCUACCUUCACAAUGUGUCUCGGAGUGUAUCCCUCAGCAUGACCUGCCUCCUGAGUGGUUUUCAAGCCAUCAUCGUCAGUCCCAGUAACUCCAGGUGGUCAAAGCUCAAACCCCAAGCUCCAAAGUACAUUGUCCCUUCUUGCCUCUUCUGCUGGUGCUUCUACCUACUGAUAAAUUUCACUUUACUUGGUGCCAUGCAUAACUCAAGGUUCACGAGUAACAACACAAGAUGGUGGCAUCUGGGAUAUUGUUCAAUUUCAGGUCCUACCUCAUUUACUGCCUCAGUGUAUGUAAUAAUCUUUUCAAUUCCUGAUGUCAUGUGUAUGAUAUUCAUGAUAUGGGCCAGUUCCUACCUGAUUUUUCUUCUUCAUAGACACCAUCAGCAAGUUCAACAUAUUCACAGUCUCCAUCUUCCUCCCAGAACCUUCCCUGAGAUAAGAGCCACCCUUGCAAUCCUUUUACUGGUGUGCACAUAUAACUCUUUCUAUUCUAUCAGUUCCAUCUUAUCAUUUUGUACCUUUCAAUUUGGUGAAUAUUACCCCUUUCUCAUGCACAUAGAACAAUUCAUAGCUUCAUGUUUCCCAACUAUCAGUCCCUUUCUCCUGAUGUCCUAUGAUUCCCAAAUCCACAGAUACUGUCAUUAUGUAUGGUGCAAGAAAUAUUCUCAAUGA